AAGCUUUUUCUUAUCUUAUUAAAUAAAUAACUUUACAUUUUCUUCUUUCUCCAAGGAAAAAAAACACACACACGUAUUUUUGAUAUACUUUGACAUAGAUAUUAUUAUGGCCGAAAAUUGGGAAGAAAUCAGCGAAUGGGAUAUUGAAGAGGAUAUUGACUUGGCUCAACGUAUUACAGUCCACUCUGUUCAUUCUGUAGAUGAUGAAGAAGAAUUUCAAUUUAUACAAGCUCAUAAAAAUCCAACAUACGCAGCCGCUGCUAAAUGGGGUGAACGUAAAUCAUCAUCUAACAACGAUAAAGUCAAUAUAACAAAUAAAAUUUCAUCAGAGAAGAAAUCUUCUUCAACUUCUUCAAAAGGCGAUGAUAAAGAGAAGAAAUCUUCUUCAACCUCUCCAAAAGGAUCAAAAAAUGAUGAUAAAGAAAAGAAAUCAUCUUCCUCUUCAAAAGUUGUGAAAAACGACGAAUCCGAAAAUGACAUAUUAAAAGGCGAUCAUGACGUAGAUUACGAAACCUCAGUAUCAUCCAAAAAUUGGAAAGAAACUCGUCGUAGUAAUACCAAACUUCAUAAAAUUUAUUCCCAAAAAUUGAUGUCUAGUUUAAUUUCUGACGCUGAAUUGGAAUCUAAUCAAAAUUUAGUUAAAGGGGACACUAAUAGAGAUCCUGAAUUUAAAAAAUAUAAACUAUUAAAAAAAUCCAUGGCUUUAAACAAAAAAUACGCUGAAAAAUCUAAAAGUGAUAGAAAAAAUUUAGAACGUGUCGAAGUUUGGUAAAUUUUAUAAACUUUAAAAAUUUUUAAUAAUUAAAAUUUCUUAAUUUGUAAUAUUUUCUUUAGACAUUUAAACGAAACGUGUUAUUUUUUUUUUUUUUGUUGUAAC